UAGUUUGUUAUCCUAGUGUGUUUCCUUUCGCUUGAAAACAACCCUUUAAUUUAAGCUUCUUUGUGUCUACGAUCCGAGAAAAUUGAAACGUGGAUACAAAGUUUGUAAUUGCUAUGAUGUGACCUAUGCUUGUCAAAUUUACUUUGAUUUUAACCAUACGAGAAACGUGUGAUAUAUGUGUGUAUACGUAUCUUCUCUGUCUCACUUUGCCGAUUUCAUGUCGUGCGAUAGGCGGUGAUCUUCCACGUUUUCCAAUUUGAGGACAGAAAAGAAAAGAAUCUCUGGAAGACACACAAGAUCUAGGAAAACGUGACUACUGAGGAUCAGAGCGAGAUUGGCAAUAUCCGAAAUUUUUUUAAAACUCACGUGAGAAAUGCGGAAUAUGUCGCAUAUAACAGUACGAUGACAUAUAGCUGUCAAUAUUAUACGGAGUACUUAUAUUUUUCUAACUGUUAUCAUGGGAUCGAGAUUGAGGGAAAAUGUCAAACAACUUUUUGAAUGUUUCUGUGAGGUAGCUGCUCCAGUAGGAGAGAAGCCAGCUUGGAUACUUCAAAAAUACCCCAAUACUUUUUCAGAUGAAGAAAUACUUAAGUCUGUUCCUAAAUUCACAUACCCUUGCGAAUUUGAAAAUGUAUUGGUACAACAUUUCUCAUUUGUGCUCACUAGUAUAGAUUCUAAAUGGACCUUUGGAUUUUGUCGCCACGAUCCCAAAAGGGAAACAGCUCUGGUGGUCCUGAGUGCACUCCCAUGGCACGAAACAUUUUACAAGCUACUAAAUCAUAUUGCAUCUUUAACCAACCAUGCUAGUGGAGAAGAUUUGUGGCACUUUCUUGAAAACAUAUAUACUUGUGGAGUUCCAAUUCCUGGAAGCUCUAUAUCGAUUCCGUUACCAAAUUCUACAAUGAAUUUUAUUUGUGAAAGUCCAAAGCAGUUCCAAUUGCCUAGCAUCCCGGAAAAUAAAAACUUGACUGAAUACUAUAGCGCUGUUGAUUCACACAAUAUGAUGCAAAUAUUCGCGUCUAUGUUAUACGAGCGACGUAUUAUUUUUAUUUCAAAACGGCUGUCGAGACUGAGCGCUUGUGUACAGGCGUGCAACGCUUUAAUUUAUCCUAUGAUUUGGCAGCAUAUAUUUAUCCCAGUUCUGCCUUUAUCGUUAAUAGAUUAUUUAUUAGCGCCUAUGCCGUUUUUGAUAGGUUUGCCCACAUCAACGCUUCAGAAAGUACCCAAGAGUGAUUUAGGGGACGUUGUUAUCUUAGAUGCCGAUAAUAACACAAUCGAGUCACCAUUUCAAGAUCUGGAAUCCUUACCUCAAGACGUAGUAACGAAUUUGAAAAAAGCUCUACGGAAUAGAUCGGCUCUUCUUGGAGAUGGUGUCUCGAGAGCGUUCUUGCGCGCGCUGGUGCAAUUAACUGCAGGUUAUAGAGAAGCGUUAACCUUACAGCAAGGUGAACGUAUCACGUUCAAUAAAGAUGUUUUCGUCGAAAGUAGGCCGUCUUCCAUGCAGCCUUUUCUACGGGAAAUGUUAGAAUUACAAAUUUUCCAACAAUUUAUAGAAGAAAGAUUGAACAUGCUCAAUUCGGGACUCGGUUUCUCAGAUGAAUUUGAAAUGGAAGCGUGCAGUUAUUCGGCCAAAUCAAGUAGUAAAUUUAUGCAGCAAUACAGAGACUGGACGUACGCCAUGCGAAAAGAAAGCUCGGCAUUUUUCCGCAGCGUGAAAGAUAAGGCCAAUCCAGCAGUAAAAUAUGCUGUUAAAUCAGUGAAGGACAAAGGGAAAGAUAUGAAGACGGCAUACAAAGGACUAAAGUGGAAAGGACGGUCUAACCGAAGCGAUACGAGUAUGAGAUUUCAGCAGCCACGUUCGGCUCCCAGUUCGCCUACGUUAGAUAGAAGGCCUGUUGGAUUUACGCCUCCGCCAAAAUCGCCAAACGGAGUGUCGGCAACAACCAGUUACCGAAAGGAACUGCGAUUGAGAAAUAGCGCCUUUACAGAUACAAGUAGGAAACAAUACUCACCUCUAAACCCCAGUUCGCCGGAAGAAUCGGACUCUCCACCGGAACGCCUAAAUAUAGAUCUUAUGCACGAGCUACGAGAUGUGAUAUUUCCAAAUACACCUCCUGUAGACCGAACGUUGAAACCAGUACGCAGUUUAGACAGCUUGAGACCUGCAUGGAGUGGGCAAUUACGGCACGGCCCUCCACCUAGUACUGUCAUUGCAAAUCCAUACGAAGUUCUUUCCGCGAGGCCGGUUUUAACUUCCUCCUCCUCCUCCUCUUUUCAUCCUUCCUUUUCGGAUAAAUCAAUCGAUCAAUCGAGAACGCUUAUGUUGAAUUCAUUAACUGCAAAGUCAAACAGAACUGUGAAUGAAGUAGAUAAAUCGUCACUUCUGCCGGUAUCACUCGCAUCAUGCAAUCGAAGUAUCGAGUCCAAUCGAUUUUUGCACGAAUUACACGCACGUAACAACGUGAUGAAAUCAUCGUUCAGAGAGAACGUUCAGUCGGAAGAGAAAUUUUCUUCAAAUGAUAAAGCGUUCAAUUUCAAAGAUAUUUUUGCGAAUACCGAUUCGAUCCUGAAUGCAUGGGACAAUGAGUCUGUCGAUAGAUCUUACAAAACGUCGAAUUUUCUUCACGAAGUGAACGAGGAUGAUCCUUUUGAUACGAGUAAAGUGUUCACACCUACCUAUUUGCAAAGUGCACCACUUUACAAAUCCACUGUUCCCUCGAUGCCCGUUCAAUUUCAUCCAUUGUCACAUCCAUACAAUACUACAUCCUGCUCUGCACAUGCUAAGGACUCACCUGAAGUACCGGAUUUAAUACGUUUAGAUUCAACUAAUAGCAGCGACGAUUUCGAUCCCCUUCUGUCAAAAUCGUCCGAGGUGUCGAGCACAAAGCAAAUGAGUCAAUCAUUGCAUCUGCCUGAAAUGAGCGAAGGUCUCAGUAACCCCUUGUAUCCGUAUUUUCAGCAGCCGUCGCACAAAAAUCUUGACAAGCCGAAGGCCUCCGAUAAUAUGGGUGACAUGGAUUUAUUGCAAGCGUACGGUAUAGAUUUUAAUAAAUUUAGCUUGGCCAAUGGUGAUAGCUCUACGAAGAGUGAGUCCGCCACGUCUACGUCUAGGAGUAUACCCGAUAACAGUAUUAGUAAUAUCGAUACAAUGGAUACGUUCAAUUUCACGCUGAACGCGUCUGCUAUUAAGUCGCAGAACAAUUGGACGAAGUUUGAGUAACCGCAUCAGUAUACAUAUCAUAAUUGUAAAUACGUCAUUAGCAUCAUCUUGUUACGCAUUUUAGAACACUAGUAUCACUAUUGCCAACAAUUACACAUCAUUAUAUAUAUUUAUUCCUUGUAAGAUCAUGGGAAUUAGCCAACAAUUGUCUUUCUACGCAUACAGUUAUAUCCGCCGAAAUUCCGCGCUUCCUGUAAACAAAAGUUUUAUACCUCCUCUGUACAUGUUUUGUUAUAAAGGCCUAUAUAAUAGCUGUUAUAUAUAUAUUAUGCACACAUUUUAACACAUUGAUCGCCGCGUCACUCAAAUAUGGAUGAUAGUUUAAUUCAUCUAAUUAACAGGAUUUUACAAAUAAUUUGCAAAAGUUUUUAAUAAUAACAAAGGUAUUUACUAGCAACAAUAUACAAAACUGUAAUGUACUUAAAAGAAAGAUUAUAAGUAAAAAAAAAUAUAUAAUAUUAUAUUCCAAGAAAGAAACUACACUCUGGAUAGUUUGAUGUCAGUUAUUAUAUAUAUAUAUAUAUAUAUAUGAAAAUGACUGGCUUCCGAAUAAAAAGCAAACAAAGUAACGAAAGAAUUCAGAAGCUUCAUUCGGACUUUAUAAAGUCAGUUGUUUAUAAACAGUUCCAAGUGUAUUAGAGAGACAAGUUAAAAACAAAUUGUUGUCAGCAACUUUAUAUGCUACCGCGAUAAUUCGCGGAUUCGAGCCUCGCGGGAAACAUACUCAAUCUAAUCUGGGCGAUCAAAGUGUUAAAUGUGAUUUUUUUUUUUUACUUCUGUUCGACCAAUGUGUUUUCCAUCAAAAUCAUUAUUCAUUGAUGAGCAG